AGCACAAAAUUCUUCGAGUUUUCUCAACAACAACCGGCGAAAACGAAUUUAAACCUCACAUUCAAUUGAAAAAUUAGAUAAAAUUACUGUUUUCAAUAAUUCAGUUCAACUUCUUCAUAAAAAAUCAACAUUGUUACAAAUCAGUAUGAUUUUCAAGUGUAAAACAAUUCACCAAAUUCGCGGCUAUAGUACAGCAUCGGAUAACUUUAAGAAAAUUCUCCAAACACAAUUAGCAGGCAUUAAAGAUGCUGGAACAUUUAAAAAUGAAAGAGUCAUAACGUCAUCACAGAAAUCUGAAAUAACUGUAGAAGGAAGCAACAAUUCUGUAUUAAAUUUUUGUGCUAAUAAUUACCUUGGAUUGUCAGCGAACGAAGAGAUUAAAAAUGCAGCUAAGGAAGCCUUGGAAAAGUAUGGAAACGGCUUAUCAUCAGUACGUUUCAUCUGUGGAACUCAAUCAAUUCAUAAAGAACUUGAAGAGAAAAUUUCUAAAUUCCAUGGACGCGAAGACACGAUUCUCUAUGCAAGUUGCUUUGAUGCAAAUGCUGGUAUUUUUGAAGUCAUUCUUACACCUGAAGAUGCAGUUUUCUCUGAUGAAUUGAACCAUGCAAGUAUCAUUGAUGGAUUGAGGUUGUGCAAAGCUCAAAAAGAUCGUUAUUUACAUCGAAACAUGGAUGAUUUGGAAGCAAAAUUGAAAGCUUCAAAUGCUAGAAUUAAGUUAAUUGUGACUGACGGAGUUUUCUCAAUGGAUGGAAAUAUUGCACCACUUCCAGAAAUCGUCCAUUUAGCGAAGAAAUACAACGCCUUAACUUUUGUUGAUGACUGUCAUGCAACGGGAUUUUUCGGAAAAACUGGCAGAGGUACGGAAGAAUAUUACAAUAUGCCUCCUGGUUCGGUUGACAUUGUCAACUCAACUCUUGGAAAGGCUCUUGGAGGUGCUAUGGGUGGAUACACUUGUGGAUCAAAAGAACUAAUACAAAUUUUAAGACAAAAAUCUCGUCCAUAUCUUUUCAGUAAUUCACUUGCACCAGCUGUUGUAGGUGGUGCAAUUAGAGUUAUUGACAUAUUAUCAACUUCAAGUGAUCUUAUUGGCAAUCUCGAGAAGAACACAAAACAUUUUCGUGACAGUAUGACAAAAGCUGGUUUCAUAAUAUCAGGAAUGGAUCAUCCAAUUUCGCCAGUAAUGCUUGGCGAUGCAAAACUCGCUCAAAGUUUUGCUGAAGAAAUGUUGAGACAAGAUAUUUAUGUUAUUGGAUUCAGUUAUCCAGUUGUUCCUAAAGGAAAGGCGAGAAUUCGUGUUCAAAUAUCAGCAGCUCAUACAACUGUUGAUAUUGAUAGAGCGAUAAACGCUUUCAUUAAUGUUGGACGAAAAUUAAAAGUGAUUCCAUAAUUUCUUUAUUUUACAUUUAAAAUUCCAUCACAAGAGUUUCAUGACUUUAUGCAUUUUUUUUUAAUCAUUUGAGUUUUAUAUAAAAUUUUAUCUUCUGAAUGUUUCGAUGUAUUCUCCACAGCUUAAGAAUAAAGAAGAAAAGUUAACGAUGUAAUUAA